AGUUUAUCUAUAACCUUUAUCAAGGGCACUGAUUAUGAAGAUGGCUUUCACCAUUAAUAAACUUCAUCAUUGCUAGUUUCGUUGAUUCUGAUAUUAGAUUCCGAAUUUUUGUACCAGAAAUGGUAUAUCUUAACCUAUUACCGUUGCGUACUAGCGUGUUUGUAUGAACGCACCGAUAUUUAACGCUGAUGACUGCCGUUCCGUUAGUUCUAGUAUGGACCGGUGUCUUGGUACCAUAUCUAGCCUUUCUUCCUCAACUUCGCUGCAAGAUAAAUACAAUCACUUAAAUAGUCAGGUAGACUAGAACUGGUCAGCUUACUGGUCAGAUUCAUUAACUUUAUCCUGCUAUCGUGCAACUGGUCCACCCCCUGUCGUUCAGCUUAGCUUGAGGUAGUUGACAAUCAAAUGAAAACACAGCAAAGUUUAUAAUAAGUGAACAAUGAUUUUUCCAUACCAACUUCCGAUCACAACGGAUUUGAUCUUUACCACUUUCUCACUCUAUUUGCAACGACAAUCACAAAUCUAGAUAAUUAUAAAUCUUUGGUGCUGUGAAACAUCUCUGGCCUUUUUUCUCUGAUGUAGAAAAGCGCGCCAAAAUAGUGGCGGGUGUUUGUGUGUUUUCUUACUAGGAUUUCUAAUUUCAUUGUUUUAGUGUUAUAAGUAAGUUUUAAAUUUCAUUCGAUUAUCAUGGAUGUAGCAGACAGUAAUGUUGGACAGAUAAGAGUGCAAGAUGAGGUCGGAAUUCGAUGUCAGAAGCUAUUUCGUGAUUUUUUGGAGGAGUUCCAAGAGGAUAAUCGUUAUAAGUAUGUGGACGCAGCAAGCAUCUUCAAACAGCCGGAAAGAAGUGUGCUGGAAGUCAGUUUUGAAGAUGUCGAAAAGUAUAAUCAGAAUUUGGCGACAACUAUUAUAGAGGAAUACUAUAGGAUUUCAUCUUAUAUCAACCAGGCUAUCAGUAAUUUUGCUCAAGAUCGCUGGGAAGCUAAGGCAGAUCGUGAAUUCUACGCAAGUUUUGUAGAUGUACCAACGCGGCACAAAGUGCGAGAGCUGACGACAGCAAAGAUUGGUACACUGGUCCGUAUAUCUGGGCAGGUUGUGCGUACACAUCCUGUUCAUCCAGAGUUGGUACUGGGAACUUUCGUGUGCCUUGAUUGUCAGACUGUCAUCAAGGAUGUCGAACAGCAGUUCAAAUUCACAUACCCUACAAUUUGCCGCAACCCUGUGUGCAGCAACCGCCGUCGUUUCAUGUUGGAUGUGGAUAAGUCAACAUUUGUUGACUUUCAGAAAGUUAGAAUUCAGGAAACACAGGCGGAACUGCCUCGUGGUUGUAUACCUAGAAGUGUAGAGGUGGUGCUUAGAGCUGAGAUCGUGGACAUGGUGCAGGCGGGCGAUCAGUACGACUUCACGGGCACACUGAUUGUGGUGCCGGACGUGGGCGUGAUGUCGACGCCGGGGCAGCGUGCCGAGCUGGCCUCGAGGCACAAAGCGGGAGACCAGGCGACGGCGCAGAUGGCGGGGGAGGGCGUGCGCGGUCUGAGGGCGCUCGGCGUGCGAGAGCUCAACUACCGCAUGGCCUUCCUUGCCUGCAGUGUCGCGCCCACCAAUCCCAGGUUUGGGGGUGCAGAACUGCACAUGGAGGAGAUGACUGCCGAGAUAAUGAAGCAGCAGAUGACGGAUGCCGAGUGGAACAAGGUGUACGAGAUGAGCCGCGACCGAAACCUCUACCAGAACCUCGUUUCCAGCCUCUUCCCCACGAUACACGGCAACGACGAAGUCAAAAGAGGUAUUGUCUUGAUGUUGUUUGGUGGAGUUCCAAAGAAGACUGAGGAAGGUACAUCUCUGAGAGGAGACAUCAACGUAUGCAUUGUGGGUGACCCAAGUACAGCUAAAUCCCAGUUACUGAAGCAGAUCGCGGAGGUGAGUCCACGAGCUAUAUACACCUCCGGCAAGGCAUCCUCGGCAGCAGGUCUGACUGCAGCUGUCGUCAGGGACGAAGAAUCGUUCGACUUCGUCAUCGAGGCAGGCGCUCUGAUGUUGGCCGACAAUGGCAUCUGCUGCAUCGACGAGUUUGACAAGAUGGACCCGAGGGACCAGGUGGCUAUCCACGAGGCAAUGGAGCAGCAGACGAUAUCCAUAGCGAAGGCUGGAGUGCGGGCGACCCUGAACGCUCGCACCUCAAUCCUGGCAGCUGCAAAUCCGAUCGGCGGCCGCUACGACCGCACCAAGUCGCUGCAGCAGAACGUCUCGCUCAGCCCGCCCAUCAUGUCUCGCUUCGAUCUGUUCUUCAUCCUCGUCGACGAGUGCAACGAGGUGGUGGACUAUGCCAUAGCCAGGAAAAUCGUUGACUUGCACAGCAACGUCGAGGAGUCUGUGGAGAGGGUGUACUCGCAGGAGGAUGUCAUAAGAUACAUUCUGUUUGCGAGGCAGUUCAAGCCGUUCAUCAGCGAUGUAGCCGGUGAGCUGAUGGUGGAGAACUACGUGAAGCUGCGGCAGCGGGAUGGCACUGGAGGCAGCAAGUCUACGUGGCGCAUCACCGUGCGGCAGCUGGAGAGCAUGGUGCGCUUGUCGGAGGCCAUGGCCAAGAUGGAGUGUGCGGAUGAGGUGCAGGAGAAGCACGUCCGUGAGGCGUACAGGUUGCUGAAUAAGUCGAUAAUUAGAGUCGAGCAGCCGGACAUCUACCUCGCUGAGGAUGAUGAGGGGCUCGGGAAUGCGGAUGAACCAAUGGAUCUGGACCGGGACAACCUCAGUGGUAUCGAGAGAAUGGACGUCGGAGAUGACGCACGUCCGCCCAGCCGGCAACGCCACCAGUCACCCCGUUCCCCAGCUCUCGGGAGAGCCAGCGCCCCCAGGAGUCCGGCCCCCCCUUCGAGCCCCCAGAAGAAGAAACUGACGCUGUCGUUUGCCGAGUACAAGGCACUCUCCAACAUGCUGAUAAUCCACAUGAGGCAGGAGGAGGAAAAGAGCGAAGAGGAAGGUGGAAGUACAGAGGGCAUCAGGAGGAGUGUGAUAGUGGCGUGGUACCUGGAGCAAAUUGCUGAGGAGAUCCAGACAGAAGAGGAACUGCUUGAAAGGAAGGCACUAGUCGAGAAGGUUCUGGACCGGCUGGUGCACCACGACCAGGUGAUCAUCCCCCUGAGUAGUGUCGGACUCCGGGGAGAGGAGCAGUCGGAGGAAGAUGACCCGCUGCUCGUAGUGCAUCCAAACUAUGUGGUUGACAUGUGAACAGUGUCUCGAUGCUUAAGGAAGAAAGUUACUUCUGUGGACUUUUAAGGACACAAAUGGUAGACAUUUACAAAUGUGAAACUGCAGAACAUCACAUUUGUCUCCAUGUGGCACUAGUUUCACCAGAUUUUUGGCUGUCUGGGCUCAUGGGCAAUAUUAUUUUUAUAAUAUUUUAUGCUAUAUCCAGAUGCACUUUUUAGUAUGACUUUAGAAAUGUGUACAUAGACCAACCCUUCUGCCACUGUAAAGAAACACCACUUAUUUUUAUUGUGAAAUGCAAAUCCUCAGUAUUUUAUGUAAGACAAAAUAAAAAAAAAAUUAUACAUCUUUUCAGACA